GCCUGCGUACAUUCAGACAGAGCGCCACCGAGGCGAGGCGAGAGGAGGCAGCGGGGAAAGUCAGCGAUGGAUAAAAAUUAUUUCUUAAUUUAAUCGCCGUUUGGAAGCAAAUUCUGUCUUAACCCAGAGAGUCCACUGUCCGUAAACAAUGCGUGAAGCAGCUGUAGAACUGAAGACUUUUCCAAUCAUCUGGAGUUCAGGCUCUGUUUGUUGGGCUACCUGCAGAUAACCUGUCAGCCUAACAUGAAGAAUCGAGUGGAAUGACAUUUCAUCUCGGGGGCUGAUCCAGAAAGCCACUAAAGCCAAAAUGAUGGGGGUAAACAGAUACGUUCUAAUUUAUUUAGUGUCUGUUCUCAGCAUCCGCACUGCAGGGGCCUUGAACUUUUCGCUGGCUGAUGGAAACAACAGUGAAAGCCGGAUAAGAGCAGAUGGAGGCUCGGUCCCCAUGGUGCUCACCACUAUCAGCCAGAUCAUUGCCCGGGAGGGCAACUGCGUUUUGAUUGACUGCAAUGUGACCGGUGAUCCUUUUCCAAAUGUCCACUGGUUCAACUCGCAUGGACACCUAUUGGACACAGAAGAAAGUGAGGGCAAAUGGUGGGUUUUGGAUAAUGGAAUCCUCAACAUCACCAGCAUCACCUUUGCAGACCGUGGCAAAUAUACCUGCAUGGCCUCCAAUGUUUAUGGCACAGCCAACUACACGGUCACUGUCCGUGUGGUCUUCACAAAUGGAGACAUGGGAGUGUACUACAUGGUCGUGUGCCUGGUGACUUUCACCAUCAUCAUGAUCUUGAAUGUAACUCGUCUGUGCAUGAUGAGCAGCCAUCUUAAGAAAACGGAGAAGGCCAUAAAUGAGUUUUUCCGCACUGAAGGUGCAGAGAAGCUCCAGAAAGCCUUUGAGAUUGCGAAGCGGAUACCAAUCAUCACGUCUGCAAAGACGUUGGAGCUGGCAAAGGUCACACAGUUCAAGACCAUGGAGUUUGCACGUUACAUCGAGGAGUUGGCACGUAGCAUUCCCCUGCCGCCACUCAUCAUGAACUGUCGUACUUUUAUGGAGGAGUUCCUUGAAGUGGUAGGAGUCGAGGAAAUGAGGCACACUUUCGUUCGGCAGGCCCCUGAAGGUCAUGAAGGUACCUGUCGAAGUGGUGGGGUUGCUGGAGUAUCAUCGGUGGCCAACGUUUUCACCAUCCUGAGGGAAAGAACGCGGGAAAGGGAGCGGAGUGGUUCUCCAAACACAGAUUCCGAUGAUGCCUCGCUUCAUGAGCAACCUCAACAAAUCGCUAUUCAGGUUUCAAUUCACCCACCGCUAGCUGAAGCAGGCUGCAGCCUGGAGGCUCCACCCAUAGCUGAAAUACCCAUCUCUCCUCCCCCACUGGCCCAGCUGCCUGUGGAGGUGGAGUCAGAAGAGAAUGAGAAUGAGAAGGUGGAGCCUGAGAAAGAAGGAGAGGCAUCAUUGACAAGCCAAGUUAUCUAUGAAAGCCAUGUGUAAUGUCCCUUGAAUAGGAUGAUUACCUUGCUAUGCAUUUUACACACAAAAAAAAACGAAAGGUCAAGUCAUAUUUUGUUUUUCUGAAUAAAAAAGACAAAUUGUUACAUUACCUGCUUUCACUAUUAAUCAACUUGAGAGAACACUGAAACUUUUUAGUUUUCAUGACAAUUCAUGUUGAAUGUAUUUUCAGACAAAUGGUCAACAUAGAACAUCAACCACCUCAAGCACUGAUUUUGUAUUUAUUAUGCUAAACGAAACUAGGGCUACUGAUGGAAAUUGAGUCGGAUGCUCAAGUUUGUACAGGCUACCAGAAACUAGGGCUAAUGUUGGAUAUGGGUCUAGAUAGUCAAGUUCAUUAUCUGUUAGAUAUGGAUAUGGAUAUGGAUUGUCUGUUUCAUAAUCUGCUGAAUGAUUUAAGUUUUUAAGGUAUGCAGUACCAUUUAAAGCUGAAGUGCAUUAAUUGUGGAAAAUACAUUGUAAGAGUGUAUGACUCAAUGAGGCUUAAUGACUUAUUCUGUUAAGAUAUUUGUUCCCUCCUUAAAUGCAUGAAAAAUGCAUGUUGGUAAACUUUUAAGCUGGACUUUGAGAGGGAGAGAACCCUUUUUUUUGCGUGAGCUGGUGUCAUUGUGUGUGCGCAUUAAUUUUCUUCAGAGUUUGAGUGAAAUAUUGUGCAACCCAUGCAUUGAUUAAAUGACCACUGGAGUCCUUACAUUAUAAUUAUAAUUGAUAUAAUGAUUACUAUUAGUGGUUUUAAUUUAAGUAGUAUUACUUGUGUUAGUGUUAUUUUCCAUUUAUUUCAAAUGUGCUGCCUAAUAUCUGCAGCUCAAUUUCUUUCUGGCCCUAUACUUUCCUUUUUAGGGUUGCAAAAUACGUGAUUUGUUUAUUAUGUUGAUGUACGUUUCUAGACAGAUUAAUCUCAGUUAAUGGCUGAGAUUCAUGGUGAUUUCCUAAAUUGUUCUCAGAUAUGCCUGGAUUUUGCAGCCUUAAAUACUUACAUUUGUGUUAAGCAGCCUAAGACCCUCCCAAUCCUCCUUCCAAAAAUGAGCUGUUGCUCUUUGCAUGUAAAAACAGUGAUGAUGAGCUGUAAUUGUGAAAAUUUAGAAUUUAACAUUUAAAAAUAGAGACGGAAAGGAGGGUGCUCUGAUUUCUCUCCUACUCUGGUGCUCUUCGAACAGCUUUUUUGUAGUGAAAUAAAAUCUGUCUGCUGUGUAA